AUGGCCCCCAACGACAUCUACCGCACAUAUCCACCCUCACUAACACUGGAUCAAGAGGAGUACCUUGUCCAGACCGUCAAGAACUGGUCCAUAGAGCACGCUCUCGCGAUCAGACCGUCCACGGCAAUAGUAUCGGAGGAGACCAAUCCAAACCAUGUCCUAGCCACCAAUGCGCCCGUUACAUUAUUUCCGAGCCCUUUUCCAAAGCCUUGUUUCGAGCAGGCCAGAAGUCUCCAGCAAGUCUACAAUGAACUCUAUGCCUCCGUUGCCAGCGAUGAGCAAUGGCUUGAAGAAAUCAUGACAGAAUUAAUAGAAGUCGACGACUUCCUUGCCAACCUAUGGAAAAUUCACUUAUCAGUCAAAGAGGAGGGCUACACUCAGAACUUGACCCUGGGAAUGUUUAGAUCUGACUACAUGUUGCACGCUCCUGAGGACGCACCCCCAUCACUGAAGCAAGUCGAAUUCAACACUAUCUCCUCGUCAUUCGGGGGCCUAGCAUGUCUCGUAGCAAAUAUGCAUACCACUCUGGCAACGUAUCCCUCCCCAUCUCAUCCGAUCGCAUACCCUCCUCACCCACUGUUCGCAAACUCCCCGGAAAGCGCUUCCAUGAAAUCCAUUGGCCACCCUCCUCCGAACGCCGCAGUCUCCACAUUAACCGCCGGCCUCGCGGCCGCUCACGAAGCAUAUGGUCCUUCGAAAUCCCAGCCCCAACUAGCAACCUGCAUUAUCUUUCUCGUCCAAGACACCGAACGCAAUGUCUUCGACCAACUCGCCCUAUCCAGCAACCUGUACAAGGAGCACAAAAUCCCUUCCUUCCGGCUUCCGACCAGCAAAAUCCUCACCUUAACCUCCAUCCCGUCCCAGGACAGCAACCCAUCACGACCCCUAAUCUACACCCCCCCAUCCUCCCCAUCAACACAAUAUGAAGUCACACUCGUCUACUUCCGCGCGCUCUAUGCACCGACAGAAUACAACACCCCGGCGUCCUGGGCAGCUCGACACCACCUCGAGCGCAGCGCCGCGAUAAAAUGCCCUUCUAUCCUCCUCCACCUCUCCGGAUCCAAGAAGAUCCAACAAGUCCUCACCUCUCAACCACCUGAUACCGACCACGUGAAAUCCUUCCUUCCAAACCACUCGGACGACACGCUCUUAAACCUCCGCUCGACCUUUGCGCCACAAUACUCCCUCUCCUCUCCGGACCCAAAUGUAGAACCAGAGGGUAUCCGUCUCGCGCUCUCCGAAUCCACGGCGGCAAACCACGUGCUCAAACCUCAGCGCGAAGGGGGCGGUAACAACAUCUACCGUACUAACAUUCCGCCGUUUCUGAACUCCAUCCCCCGCUCGCAGUGGAGGCAGUACAUCCUGAUGGAAUUGAUCCAUCCGCCGUCCGCGGCCAAGAACACGGUCCUCCGCAGCGAUGGGCAAGUCGUUAGGGGGAACGUGAUCUCCGAGCUGGGCACCUUCGGCACGUGUCUGUGGAAGACCACGCCGGAGACUAAAAAGCCGGAGAUCCUCCAUAAUACAGAAGGCGGAUACUUACUACGCACGAAGGGCAAAGACAGCGAUGAGGGCGGUGUCGCUGCCGGAUUCAGUUCGUUGGAUAGCUUGAUCCUUUACGAAGAGCCGUAG